AUGCAUUUUCUUUCGUUCGUAGUCUUCUCUUUCCUUUCAACAUUUCCUGUUCAUGCCGCCAUUCCGCCCAAGCCCGUUCCACCUCCUUCAUCAGCCGAGGCGGUUGCGUUUUCUGGGCAGUCGACAUUCCAGCAACUAAUCGAUCACAAAAAUCCGAGUCUGGGGACAUUCUCGCAACGUUACUGGUAUAACUCAGAAUGGUGGGCGGGGGAAGGGUCGCCGGUGGUGCUUUUCACUCCCGGUGAGGAGUCUGCUGAUCCGUUUACUGGUUAUUUGACAAAUAAAACUCUCACUGGUCGUCUCGCACUGGAAAUAAAGGGAGCAGUCCUCAUGCUCGAACAUCGCUACUGGGGAGAUUCUUCACCAUAUGACGACCUGACGACUGAAAAUUUGCAACAUCUUACUCUGGAGAAUUCGAUUGCUGAUCUUACAUAUUUCGCGCGGAAUGUGAAGUUAGCCUUCGACACCAAUAAUAGCAGUAAUGCUCAAAAUGCGCCCUGGGUCUUCAGCGGCGGAUCUUAUAGUGGCGCCCUAGCAGCAUGGACCGAAUCAACCUCGCCAGGCACAUUUUGGGCAUAUCACGCGUCCAGUGCGCCUGUGCAGGGUAUCUACGACUUUUGGCAAUACUUUACGCCUGUUCAAGAAGGCAUGCCCAAAAAUUGCAGCAAAGAUGUCUCGCGGGUUAUCGAGUAUAUUGACAAUGUCCAAGCGUCUGGAUCGGAGACACAGAUGCAGAAACUGAAAGAUAUGUUUGGACUCGGCGAACUAGAUCAUUUCGAUGAUUUUGCAAGUGCGCUCCAAAAUGGUCCCUGGCUGUGGCAGUCCAACACCUUUUACACUGGCUACUCAGACUUUUAUAAGUUCUGUGACUAUGUUGAGAACGUCGAGCAGGGUUCCAAAAGGCUCCCGGGCCCGAAUGGCGUUGGGUUGAAGAAAGCACUUCAUGGCUACGCCAAAUGGUUCCGGAAUGAGCAUCUCCCUGGAUCCUGCGCCAACUAUGGAUAUUGGUCCGAUCAAAACACCACAGCGUGCUAUGACACCUACAAUACAUCCAACCCGAUGUUCACAGAUAUAUCCGUCAAUAAUACAAUUGACCGACAAUGGCAAUGGAUUCUGUGCAACGAACCAUUAUUCUACUGGCAGGAUGGCGCACCAUCCGGUGUCCCGACUGUCGUUUCUCGCGCCGUCAACGCAGAGUAUUGGCAAAGACAAUGUGCGCUAUAUUUCCCAGAGGUCAAUGGCCACACAUAUGGAAGCGCAAAUGGAAAAACAGUCUCGACUGUUAAUGCAUGGACCAAGGGCUGGGAUUUAACCAAAACAAAUCGGCUAAUCUGGGCAAAUGGACAAUUCGACCCCUGGAGAGACUCUGGUGUAUCUUCGAAGUAUCGACCCGGAGGGCCUCUCCGGUCAACAGCCUCAGUUCCUGUCAACGUCAUUCCAGGAGCCCAGAAGAUUAUUGAUGCGGAGGUAGCGCAGAUCAAGGCUUGGGUGAAAGAGUAUUACCAAUGA